AUGUAUUCUAUCCAAGUCACCUUGAUAUUUUAUUCAAUUAUACUAUACAGUGAAGCAAUUCAUUCAGAUGACGAAUUAUUUGCUGUAAAUAUCAAUGGAGCCAACACAUAUUCCAGUUCAAAUGUACCAGGUGGUCUAUCAGAAUAUUCGAUUGAUGAUGAUUUUAUGCAUAUGCAACCAACAUGCUUUCAAACUGAUCCUGCACAACCUGAUUUAAACGGUUAUCAUUGGUUAAUAAUUGAUUUUGGUAUACAUUUACACCAUAUAAAAGAAAUACGACUUGCACCAAAUCCAUUUCAUAAAUAUUUCGCUACAAAACUCUCAAAUAUUGAUGUGUUUCUUAUACAAAGUGGUGAAUCAUUGGAAACUGAUGAAAUGUUAACAUCAUUAAGACAAACAAAUCAAAGAACACCAAAAAAUAUUAUGUGGAAUUCAAAAGGCAUUAAAUUUUGUCAGUCGACAGGUAAUAUUACAGCUGGUACUCGUGCUGCUACAAUAGAAUGUCCACAAGAAAUGGAUGCAAAGUGGUUAGCAUUACGUAGAACAGAUGAAUUGGAAAUUUGCCUUAUCAGUGUUUACGUAAAGAAAGCCUAUAAAGAGUGCUUCAUACAAUAUUCAACAGAAGAACAACAAGUAUGGCCUAGUUUAUCAGGUCAACCAUUUAGUUUUAUACGUCAUUUGUCAAAAUCAGCUUGUCGUGCUGGAUGUUCAGUCAAUAAAAAUUGUCAAGCUAUACGCUAUAGAAAAAUAAGACAUACUGGAGUCUGUGAACAAAUACGUGAUGUCAUACUUUCAGAAGAUCAUACCAGUGUUAUUCCAAAUGAGAGGAAUCCAGUUUCACAUGAUUCUUUACUAAAUUGCGAAUCAGAGAAUUGUAUGAUUGAAUUAAACAAAUGUCAAUUAGGUAGAUUAGAAGAAUUACAUCAAGUUAAACAGUCUGAAGAAAAUGACACCAUAAUAUCAAUCUCUAAUUUGAACAAUGAAUCAAAUGACUUACAAAGUGAGAAUAAAUUCUCAUUAUGGGAAAUUCCAUCGAAUUUACAAAAGAUUAAAGCUGAUCAAUCAAAUGAAUUAAAUACUGAAUUAUUAUUUUCUAUUCAAAUGGAUGGUUAUUUAUAUUGUAGUAAAGCUGUUUGUGAUACAUUGAAGAUUUAUUCAAUGGAUAAGAAUAAUGAAGCAAUUCUUUGCGGUGAAAUUAAUUCACUUAUUGUCUCACAUUUAAAUAAAUAUUAUUUAUUUUGUCGAAAUAAUUAUCCAAUGGAUAAAUUAAAAUUUAUUCGUUUAGAAUGGAAUAAUAUGGGUAGAGAAAAAGCGGGUUAUUUACAUGUAAAUAUUACAAAAAUGUUUAUUAGAAUAACAAAAAAUACAAAAUUAUUCAAUAUGAAUUUAAAUUCAAAUAUUAUGCCAAUGACAACUUAUUCAACGAUGCUUGUUACAAACAAUAUAGAGUUGACUACUGAACAACAAUCUAGUGAACAUUUUGUAGAAGUAAAAGAAUAUGAAGUAAAUGAACAAUAUACAACUCAACAACUAAAAAAUCAAUUUAAAGAAUUGAAAAAGGAAGAAAAUGAAGAGGGAUUAAAAGUACAGAACAAUCUUCAUGAAACAGAAUUACUUCAACAAUACUAUCAACAUGAAAAAGGUGAAUUAGAAGAUAAAAGAGAAAAAUCAGAAGCUCUACAUCAUACAGAUUCGUAUAAGGGUGAAGAUGAACAAUAUACUGAAAUGAAAGAAACUAAUACCUUUAAUGAAGAAAAUAGUCAUUCAGUCAAUUAUUUGAAUACAAAUACUGAUUAUACAGAAAAUGAAGAAGAUGAAUAUGAUAUGUCGACACUGGAAUCAUUUGAUGAUCAAACAGUUGAAGACGACCUAACAUAUGCAACAGAAAACGAAUCGAAUAUGCAAAUGACGAACAUUCAUGACAAACAUAAUAUGUCGCCCAAACAAAAUCACUUAACUGUAACAACCACUGAGUUUCAUGAAGUUGUAGAACAUACUGAGGCCAUUGAUAAUAUAGUUACCGAUUCAUGGGGGCGACAACCAAAUUCACAUAAUGACUUAGAUAAAAAUGUAAAUAACUAUCGAAACGAAAAUAUCACGUCAACAAAACUAGGUGUACGUGAAGCGAGAAGAGAAAAAGACCAUGACAAUUUACAAAUAGCUGGACAGCACCAUCGUAAUUUAGAAAAAAAAUCACUUCAAACAGUUCGAGUUGAUGAAGGGCCGAAAAAUAACUCCCUCUUUUCACGUAGACCUCAAUUUAUUCUGAUUAUUGCAAUUAUAUUUCUUACAUUUCGAAAGAUCGAUAUGAUGGACGACUCAGAAACCUACAAAUUAUGGAGGAUUCGUAAAACCAUUCUCAAGAUGUGCAAAGAUAGGGGUUAUCUAGUAAUGCCUAAAGAAUUAGAGCAAUCACUCGAAGAUUUCAAAGCAACAGUCGGAGAUCCACCAACGAGAAAGGAUCUUCUCAUGGUUGUUAACCAUGAAGAAGAUCCUGCUGAUAUGUUAUAUGUGUUCUUUCCAGAAGAAGAAAAAGUUAACAUGAAAACUGUCCGGGCAUAUUUGAAUCAAAUGCAACAAGAUAGUACUUACAGAGCAAUUUUGGUCCUUCAAGAAAAGGGCCUCACACCUUCUGCAAAGACAGCUAUCGCGGAACUUUCGUGUAAAUACACUUUGGAGUGUUUCUUUGAAAAUGAACUAAUGGUCAAUAUAACGGAACAUCAGUUGGUUCCGCAACACAACGUUCUCACACAGGAAGAAAAGAAAGAAUUGCUCGAACGAUAUAGGUUAAAGGAAAAUCAGCUUCCCAAAAUGCAAGCUAGCGAUCCUGUUGCUCGAUAUUAUGGUCUAAGAAGAGGUCAAGUUGUACGAAUUACUCGGCCAUCAGAAACAGCCGGACGAUAUAUCACUUAUAGGAUAGUUUUGUGA